CGUGCAUUGCUUUCCGGCCAGGGCUGCCCUCGGCCUGCUUCGCUCUCUGAGUCUUGCGCGUCCUUCUAGCCUUACCACGGAGCAGGGCCAGCACAAAGCGUGCGGACCUGCGUGGUAGAGACAGUUUCUGGCCCCAGUUCCGUCUUCCGUAGGGGGCGGCACCUGGCCUUUGAGGCCCACCUACGUUUGAGACUCCGCUGGGCGUGGCUGGAGGAGGCGUUGGGGGAGAUUUUUGGGCGUGAUGUAGAGUAGUGGGUUCGCUGGAGGACGGAGUAUUCUGGAGCAGGAAUAUCGUAUGUCCAGCUGGUGCCGGAGGCCAGACGGGACCUCCAGGUUGGGCUGCCCCAGCACACCAAUCAGAGGACCACCCGGGCCACCACCAGCCCAAAAAAGGCCCUAAGGGAUAGUUGCAGUGAAGCUGCUGCUGGAAUGAUGCCCGUGACUAAUGGAUCUCAAUCACUGAGAGAUCUGGAGGCAGCAGGAUCCGCUUCCACAUUCCUCACGAAUAAUCUCGAGACUUUAGGAGCCUAGGAUUCGAUAUCUUUUAGGUUUAAAUUUGCUUGUUACUGAUCAUAACUUUCUUUCACCGGGUGAACAGUAAACGCUAUGUCAGGUUGGGAGUCUUAUUACAAAAACGAAGGCGAUGAAGAAGAAGAAGAGGAAGAGGGCCUUGAAGCAGGUGGAGAAUAUACAUAUUCAGGAAGAGACAGUUUGAUUUUUUUGGUUGAUGGUUCUAAGGCCAUGUUUGAAUCUCAGAGUGAAGUUGAACUGACUCCUUUUGACAUGAGCAUCCAGUGUAUCCAGAGUGUGUAUACCAAUAAGAUCAUAAGCAGUAAUCAAGAUCUCUUGGCGGUGGUGUUCUAUGGUACUGAGAAAGAUAAAAAUUCAGUGAAUUUCAAAAAUAUUUACGUCUUACAGGAGUUGGAUAAUCCAGGUGCUAAGCGAGUGCUUGAGCUUGACCAGUUUAAGGGGGAGCAGGGGAAAAAACAUUUCCAAGAUCUCAUUGGCCAUGGAUCUGACUACUCACUAAGUGAAGUGCUGUGGGUCUGUGCCAACCUCUUUAGCGAUGUCCAGGUCAAGAUGAGCCAUAAGAGGAUCAUGCUGUUCACCAAUGAAGAUGACCCCCAUGGCAAUGACAGUGCCAGAGCCAGCCGGGCCAGGACCAAAGCUGGGGAUCUCCGUGACACAGGUAUCUUCCUGGACUUGAUGCACCUGAAGAAACGUGGGGGCUUUGACAUAUCCUUGUUCUACCGAGAUAUCAUCAGCAUAGCAGACGAUGAGGACCUAGGGGUUCACUUUGAAGAGUCGAGCAAGCUGGAAGACCUGUUGAGGAAGGUUCGGGCCAAGGAGAACAAGAAGCGCAUGCUCUCCAGCCUGAAGCUUAAACUCAGCAAAGAUAUAGCGCUCACUGUCGGCAUUUAUAAUCUGGUCCAGAAGGCUUACAGACCUCCUCCAGUGAGACUUUAUCGGGAAACCAAUGAACCAGUGAAAACCAAGACCCGGACAUUUAAUGUAAACACAGGCAGUUUGCUUCUGCCUAGUGAUACGAAGAGGUCUCAGAUCUAUGGGAAUCGUCAGAUUGUGCUAGAGAAAGAGGAAACGGAAGAGCUGAAACGGUUUGAUGAACCGGGUUUGAUUCUCAUCGGUUUCAAGCCCUUGAUAAUGCUGAAGAAGCACCAUUACCUGAGGCCCUCCCUAUUUGUGUACCCGGAGGAGUCCCUGGUAAAUGGGAGCUCAACUCUGUUCAGUGCUCUACUCACCAAGUGUCUGGAGAAGGAGGUCAUGGCGGUGUGCAGAUACACCCCCCGUCGGAACACCCCUCCUUAUUUUGUGGUCUUGUUGCCACAGGAAGAGGAGCUGGAUGACCAGAAAAUUCAGGUGACUCCCCCAGGCUUCCAGCUUGUCUUCUUACCCUAUGCCGACGAUAAACGGAAGGUGCCCUUUACUGAAAAAGUCAUGGCAAAUCCAGAGCAGAUAGACAAGAUGAAGGCCAUUGUUCAGAAGCUCCGUUUCAAUUACAGAAGUGACGCCUUUGAGAACCCAGUGCUGCAGCAGCACUUCAGAAACCUGGAGGCCCUGGCUUUGGAUUUGAUGGAGCCUGAACAGUCAGUGGAUUUGACAUUGCCUAAAACUGAAGCAAUAGAUAAGAGACUCGGCCCCCUGGUGGAUGAGUUUAAGGAGCUUGUCUACCCACCUGAUUAUAAUCCUGAAGAAAAAGUUUCCAAGAGGAAACAAGAUGAAGAAGGUUCUGGAAGCAAAAGACCCAAAGUGGAGUUAUCUGAAGAGGAGCUGAAGGCCCAUGUCAGCAAGGGCACGCUGGGUAAGCUCACUGUGCCCAUGCUGAAGGAAGUCUGCAGGGUGUAUGGGCUGAAGGGUGGGUUGAAGAAGCAGGAGCUGAUGAACAUGCUCACUAAGCACUUCCAGAAGAACUGACCAGAGACUGAACAGCUAGCCACCCUUCUGUGCUAUAGCCAGGCUGCCUGGGUUGUUCUCAUCAAGUUAAAACCUGUUUCUUCUGGGCCAGGAAGAGUCUGUCUGAUAGAAGCCAGGAACUUUACAUUUAUGAGACUUUCUGUUGCCAUGGAGACAGCAUAGCCCUCCCACUUUGCUGGGCUUUACUGUCUGAAUAAAGAGCUCUAACUUUGUACUAUA